GGAGUCCCAACUCAGCCACGUGACCAGACCCUCAUAUUCCCGGGGCCUCUGUUCGCAUUCUGUUAGGUACUGUUGAAGCAGUCUCCAAGUCCACAUGAGUUAGGCAAGCCAGCUUCGACCCAUCCACUUAUUGGUGUGUAAUCCAACCAUUUGUUCCUGCUUGAAUGCAUUUGCCAUGGUCUUGGGGGUGUGAUUGUCCAUAGCCCGUUGGAUUCACAUGGGACUGCAGAGGACUGGUAUACUGGUCCACUGAAAGACAUAACUGCUCUCGGAAGGCCUGUACUUCCACACGCUUACAUAACAAGCUGCAAAGUGAAAGUGACAAGAGGGGUGUGUGUGUGUGUGUGUGUGUGCGUGAUUUCCUCUCCUGUGUGCAUAAAACGGAGCUCUCUCAUGUCUUCUACUUCCCUCUUUCUACACACUCUUUCUGAUCGUGUCUGUCUCUCCCCUUUUUUUUCGAAAACAGCCCAUGGUGAAUGUCCCUGACCUUGGCUGCUUGUUUAGGAUCAUGUGACUUGAGCAUUAUCUCAGUUGAGAGUGGAAGAGAAAAGGGAAAGCACUUUCACCAGGGGCCGGGUCUGCGGCAAAACGUCCAAAUGAUUAUUUUUUUUCUCCCCGAACACCGCUAGCUGUUAUAACUUUGGAGGACUGGAGCUCCUCUGCCUCCGCUUCCUCCUCCUCGCUCUCCUGCUCCUCUCUCAGUGGCUGGGUUAUUUGUUUCUGUCCCUCUUCCUCCCUUCUUCCCCCUGCCGAGGAGGCGGGGUCGUGGGAGGAGCAGGGGGGAGGGGAUUGGAGGCUGACGGGCGGCUCGGGGAGGAUUUGCGCUGCUGUAGUUUGUCAGCUGUCAUUAGGAGCAGAUGACACAGGGAGGUAAUCUGCUGUUUUUGCACCCGGCACCUCCCCCUUACCCCCCUUCACCACAGCAUGUGCCUCUGUCUACACAGGGAGCAAGCGCUAAGUGCGCUAGCCAGCUGAAUACCUUAACCUAUAGCUCUACACAGUGACAGGACGGCUUCUGGGCUUUUCUCUGAGGAAUUUGUUGCAAUGGACUUGUUAUGGACAGUUUGGUGACAGUGAGGGCGCUAAAACUUGCUGAAGAUGAGUAGUGGGGGGGACAGAUCCCUGGAGCCUCCGAGGGGUGAGUCUCUGAAGAGGAAAGACUGCCCCCCAGACCUGCUAGGGCCCAGCCCCAAGAGGAGCACGGACAAGAGAAACCGGGACCACGAGAACAAAUACAUCGAAGAGCUCGCCGAGUUGAUCUUCGCCAACAUCAACGACAUGGACAACUUCAACGUCAAGCCUGACAAAUGUGCCAUCUUGAAAGAAACCGUGAAGCAGAUCCGGCAGAUCAAGGAGCAGGAGAAGACGCUUCCCGCCAACGCGGAGGAGGUCCAGAAGGCGGACGUGUCCUCGACGGCCCAGAGCGUCAUCGACAAAGAGGCCCUUGGACCAAUGAUGCUCGAGGCCCUGGACGGCUUCUUUUUCGUGGUGAACAUGGAGGGCAACGUCGUGUUUGUGUCGGAGAACGUGACGCAGUACCUGCGCUACCACCAGGAGGAGCUGAUGAACACCAGCGUGUACAGCGUGCUGCACGUGGGCGACCACGCCGAGUUCAUCAAGAACCUGCUGCCCAAGAGCCUGGUGAACCGCACUCCCAGGUCUGGGGAGAACCCCGACAGGAACAGCCACACGUUCACCUGCCGCAUGCUGGUGAACCCCCAGGGGGCGGCGGAGGAGGAGCAGGGGGAGGAGGAGCAGGGGGAGGAGGAGCAGGGGGAGCAGACGGAGGAGGAGCAGGCGGAGGGCGGGCCGGAGAGCCCGCUCAAGUACGAGACCAUGCAGUGUUUCGCCGUGUCGGAGCCCAAGUCCAUCCGAGAGGAGGGAGAAGACUUUCAGUCGUGUCUCAUCUGUGUGGCGAGGAGAGUCCCCAAAGAGCGGCCGGCGCUGCCCAGCUACGAGAGCUUCACCACCAGACAGGACCUCCAAGGUAAGAUCACGUCCCUGGACACCAGCCAGCUACGGGCCUCUAUGAAGCCGGGCUGGGAGGACCUGGUCAGGAGGUGCAUCCAGAGGUUCCACCUGCAGAACGACGGGGAGAUAUCCUUUGCAAAGAAACACCAGCAGGAAGUCCUGAGACAGGGCCAUGCAUUCAGCCCUCUGUACCGCUUCUCUCUGUCUGACGGCACCAUUGUGUCGGCCCACACCAAGAGCAAACUGGUGCGCUCCCCUGCUACCAACGAACCGCAGCUCUACAUGUCCCUCCACAUCCUCCAGAGGGAGCAGAGCAUGAACCAAGACUUGCCCAGCGGCCCAGGCAACGUGAAGUCCAUGGCCGCUGCCUCGUCCACGACCCCGCCCACCAUGGGCGGCCCUUCGUCCUCCCCGGGAUUCCAGGGCCAGGAUGCCACUGUCAGCAGCAACACUAACGUGGCUGCCGCCAACACCAUGGGGGGCCAAGGCAUGCGCUACGGGUGCAGCCCGGGCGCAGCCAGCCGGACCCCCACCCCUCAGGGAAGCAACUAUGCACUCAAGACGGGCAGCCCUUCCUCUCAGGUGCUCGGCAGCCCCAGUGUUACCUCAGGACCCCAGGGCGCCAUCCUCUCGCCGCGCCACCGCCAGAGCCCUAGCGUAGCGGCGGCUAGCAGCGGUAGCCCCCGCGUGCCUCACCCUCCCUCGGGUCCCUUCUCCCCUGCGACGGCCAGUAGCCUGCACUCUCCACCGGGCAUGUGCAGUAGCACAGGGACCAAUCACGGUUUAGGCAACAGCUCCCUCAAUGCACUGCAGGCACUCAGCGAGUGCCACAGGGUCUCCCAGGGCCCGAAUCAGGGGCAGUCGCCUGACAGGAAGCCAGCCUUACAGAGUCCAGUCUCUGGCAGUCAUGGUGCUAGCAUUAGCAGCAACGACAUUGGCCAGCCACCCAAGAGCGGUAGCAGCGAACCACAUAUGUUGAGAAGAUACGGGGAGCAGGUUCACACCGAGUCCCAGGGGGAGGAUGAAGAGGAGGAGGGAAAAAGUGGCACCCCGGAUCCUUUCACCGGGGGUGGAAGUGGCGUCGGCGUCCUCGGGGAACUCACCGAAGCCCAGAACAGGCUCCUGAACAGCAAAGGCCACACCAAGCUCCUCCAGCUCCUCACCAACAAGUCCGAGCACACGGAGCCCGGCUCCCCUCACGGCAACGCGGGCGCGGACCCCCACAAGGACGCCGCGGGCGGAGUGGGCGGCGCGGCGGGGCUCGCCAUGGGAAUGGCGGGGCAUAACAACCACUCCACGUCGCUGAAGGAGAAGCACAAGAUCCUCCACAGGCUGCUGCAGAACAGCACGUCCCCCGUGGAGCUAGCCAAGCUAACCGCCGAGGCCACGGGGAAAGACGCCCCGGAGUCGUCUUCCGGGGACGGCAUGGCCGAGCUAGCAGCGGCGGCCAAGCAGGAGCCUGUCAGUCCUAAGAAGAAGGAUAACGCACUGUUGCGCUACCUGCUGGAUAAGGACGAUAACAGCGCACAGGAGAAAGGCAUCAAGAUGGAGCCAGGGGAAGGAAUGAAGCUAAUCCACGUCAAGACUGAGAAACAUGACCCUGGGUACAACAUGGGCGACCAGUCCAGUGAUCUGGAGGACAUCUUGGAUGACCUGCAGGGGAACCACCACCUCCACCACCACCUCCAGAACCAGCAGCUGUUCUCAGGUCAGCAACAGCCAUCCCGGCCCGGCUCGCUCCCUCCUGCCUCCAUGGACAAGCAGUCCAUCAUCAAUGACAUUCUGCAGAUGACAGAGAACAACCACAGCCCCACGGGCACUGCCACCCAGCAGCGGGCAUUCCCUGGCAUGGCCCCCGGACAUUUCAACAAUCUCAGAAUGAGCCAGCCAGGUCGAGGACCCUCUGGGCGCAGUGUGUCUCUGGACACCCACCCCAACCCCCGGCCCUUCCCCCCACCCAGGAACAACAGCCCCUACUCCCUCAUGCAACAGCAAGGCAUGAUGGGAAACCACGGGGGGAUGCCCAACAUGGGAAACACAGGUAUGAUUUGUGGGGGGCCUCCCCGCCAGGGCAUGCCUCAGGGCUGGGGCCCCCAGGGGCCCGGAGGCUCAGUCAUGGGCCAGGGACUACAGCAGGGCGUGGGCCCUGGACACCCUCGCAUGGUGCCCAAUGUCACGGCUGGAGUACCCAUGAGGCCGAGCGGCCAGCCCGGGCCGAGGCAGAUGGUUCCUAUGCAAAUGAUGGGAAACGUCCAAUCGGAGAUGGAGAUGGGUGGUCCUACCUACCCCCAGCAGCAAGCGCCGCCCAAUCAGACUGCUCCAUGGCCCGACCGCAUGAUGCCUGUCGAGCACGGGCCUUAUGGGAAUCCAAACAGACAAGGCUACGGAGGUCCCCAGGAGGAGGGGGGGUGUCCCGCGGUGAGCGUGGGCGAGGGCCCGUCAGACGAGGGGGCUCUGCUCAACCAGCUCUACUCCGUCCUGAAGGACUUUGAGGGUCUGGAGGAGAUCGACCGAGCCCUGGGCAUCCCAACACUGGGUCAGCCCAUGGAGCAGGACCAGUACUCCAGUCCGGAGACGGUCGGCUCCAAGCCGCUCAUGUACAGCCACUACUCCCAGGCUGGCAACAUGGCCCAGGGGGGCUACGGAGGCAUGCCCCAGGAUCCCAACUUCCACGCGGGCAUGGGUGGGCAGAUGGGCCAGCGGAUGGCCUACCCCAUCCUCCGCAUGCCAGCCAGGCCAGGGCUACGACCGGGGGGCCCAGUGCCCGGCCAGCCUACCAACCUGAGGCUGCAGCUCCAGCACAGACUACAGUCCCAGCUGAACCGGCAACCAAUGGUAAAUCAGAUGGCCGUAGCAUCCAACAUGAAUCUACCACUAAGAGCUGCUGUUCCAAAUCAGGGGACCCUGAACGCUCAGAUGCUGGCCCAGAGACAGAGGGAGUACAUAAACAACCACCUGCGUCAGCGGCAGCAGCAUGUGCACCAGCGGGCCAUGAUGAUGCGAGCACAGGGCAUCAACAUGCCACCCAACAUGGCCGCCAGUGCCCCCACGGCUCCCUCGGCGGCCAUGGGCACCAACCCCCGGAUCCCCCAGGGCAACCCCCAGCAGUUCCCCUACCCGGCCAGCUACGGUACCGGUCUGGCCUCACCUCCUAUCCCUCUUCCCCCCUCCACCAGUCCCUUCUCCUCCCCUCUCUCCCCUGGCCUGCCCCCCGGCUCCCAGCACCAGGGGCUCCACCCCCACUCUUCCCCCCACCACCUCCCGCACGCCUCCUCUCAGAUGGGCCAGAUGGCUAGCCAGGGCAUGAUGGGAAACGUAGGCGGCCAGUUUGGAGCGGUAGGGAGUCCUCAAAUGCAGCACAGUGCCUUCCAGUUCCCCAGCCCAGGUAUGAGCCACCAACAACAGGAACCGGUUUCAGGCUACACAGGGUCUGCCACCACCCCCCAAAGUCCCCUCAUGUCCCCUCGGAUGAGUCACGCACAGGGCCCCAUGAUGCAACAGGCUCAGACCAACCCCUCUUACCAGCCUUCCUCUGCAGACAUGAACGGCUGGCCUCAGGGCAACAGCAUGUAUUCGCAACAAACACAAUCGCAGUAUGCACAACUGCAACCCAAUGGCGGAAUGUACAACAGCAACAACUCCAACAUGAACAUGGGUGUUCCCAUGGCUACCAGCGGAGGUGGCAUGAGCAACAUGAACCAAAUGCCAGGACAGAUGACAGUGGGGCCUGGAGCUGGCAUGUCCUCCAUGGGCACAGAGCAGGUGAAUGAUAAUGGCCUCAGCAGUGAUAGCCUCACUCUAGAGGAGUUGGCUGGGAUGUUAACACAAGAGGGGGAAGCCACUCCUAAUUAUUGCUGACGCUGGUAAACUGUGGGUAGAUACAGUUGGCUGUUGGAACCGUAAUCCAUCAAAAGCAUUGGACCAGUCAAGUAGCCCCACGCUGCGUGAAUGGAUUACAAACAAGACUCACCCAAUGAAGAACACUGUACAAACUCUCUGGCAGUCCCUGAGCCGCAUUCACCUUAGUGUGACUUAGCCCCUUUCCCUCCCUCCCUCCGCCCUGCUGAGCACACACACACUCUCGCACACCCACUUACACACACAUCAACGCUGUCCUGCCUGUCAUUACCAGCAGGCUCAUGGUCAGAUGAAUGUAUUCCCAUCAGGGGGCAGAAAUCAGACAUUGGGUUCCUCUCAUAAUUCUCCCAAAUCUCCGCAGGUCUAAAGUAAUCAUCCGCGUGGGUGCAUGUGUGUGUGUGUCUGCAUCCAGGCACGUGAGAACUUAUAUGAUUUAAAUGUAUUAAAGAGUUGAUUUUCUUGAUUCGAGAGCAAUGUUCUUGAAUGGUUAUAUUUUAAAGAUAAAGUAGUUAAUUGAAAGGUUUAUAAUAUAAAUGUUUUGCAGGUAUUUAUAGUUUUAAAAGGUUUAGAAUUGUUCUUUGUAUGACACAAAAAGAGAUUUGGAAAUAAAAAGCUAGCUUUCUGUGUAUAUUUGAAAAUAUAUUUUAGGUCCUGUAGUUUCAGAUCAAAUGUAUACUGCUGUACUUGUUAUGAAGGUGAAUGUUGUUUUGUUGUACAUAUGUUUUUAGGCUUACGGUUUGUCUGUUUUCACCCAGCCUAGCAUUGUAAACAACCUCUAAAACAUGUGACUACAGUAUUGGUUUCUUAGACAAAGAUGAUGUCUACUCCAGCCAAGACUUAGGAGCCCUUUCAAUAGGGAUUCACCAUGGGCAUGUGUUUUAGUCUGGGACAAGGUGUCUGGGAUACCAGUCCUCAGAGUCUGUCUGUGGGGUUCACCCACAAAGGAAUGUUUAACUGUGCAUCAGGUUUAUGGAUCAGGCCAAACUGAAUAUUCAAGGGUGCUCACUGUCAAGACUUAGCUUUUCUGCCCCUUGUACAUACAAUAAAAACCUAUGUUGGUGUAUGUAAAAUAACCAAGAACUAUUAUGUAUGUUGAAACCCUGUUUCUGUGUGGCUCUCGUAUUGGCUCAUAGUCUUUAAGCACAUAGCAAGUAAAGAGGUAUCAUAGAAUUGUAUUAUUAUGUAUUUUUAGGAGAAGAAUGUGAAAAAGACAAAUUGUCUGCUUGGUGAAAUCAUGAAAUGAAGUUUGGCUCAAGAUAUUUAAUUGUGUGUGUGAAUGUGUGACCAAAAAUAAUCUAUUUUGUAGUUUUUCUACUGGUCUCAAUGACUAAUGUGUUUUUUUUUAAGAUGACAAACCUCUCAAUCUAUUUUACCUUUUUCUGCAUAAUAGUUGAUCAGAGUUUAACAAUUUGGAAGGUUUCAAGUUUAUUCACAUUCAAAAUGGUUGUUUUAGAAUGGAUGUACUUCUCUCUCUCUGCAAUCCAAAGAUUUAUUACAACCAUGUAAGACAUGCAGUGUUUUUGUGCAGCGCUAUUAAGAAAAGGAUUUGGCAAUGUGUGACAAGAUGCAAAGAAAGAGAGUAUACCAAUAUUCUAUUAUCUUAGUUUGGACUAUAAAACAACAGCUACUGUAAACAUCUGUAACAUUGAAUGAUCACAAAUGGUUUUGGGAUAGCCUAAAUAUGUUUCUUAAUUUAUAGAUGGCUAUAUUAUUAAUUGGUAAAUAAUGACAUGCAUACCGUAACAUGCUAAAGACAUAGCAUAAUGCCUUAGAUCUGUUUUUCUGUCUUGUGUAUUACUGUGAUGUUUACAGUCGUAUCAAAUAGUGAGAUAAUACUAGUGAAGAUGGUGCAUCGUCGCUCAGUGUGAUUGUCUUGCGGCAAGAGCAGACCACUACACCCCCCAUGGUAUUACCGGUUUGUCUUGACAGUUUUACAAGCAUUUUUUUUGUUCAAUCAUUGUCAUGUGUAUUUUUUGUACAGUUUGUUUCAUAAUGACUUUCUUUGAGAAGAGAAGUAUGUACACAAAACAAUGGUAAAAAAUCUGCAAUAUGUACUUUGUAAAAACAGUUUGGUCUAAAAAGCUCAGUGUUACGGUUCAGAGAUGUAUUUUUCCAGGUGUGAUGUUCAUAUUAAAUAUCCACCCUCAGCGAGGUGCAUCAGUUGGAGCGUUUUAUGCAACUUUCAAGCUCACACCUUAUGCAAGCUGUUGACUGACAUUGCUUUCGCCAAUGCUGCUUGCUAAUUUAUGAUUUAUGCCAUUGUAAAUAAAUUAUUUUUAUUGAG